CGACUACACAAUGGCUAUUGGUCCUGUCUCCAUUCCCCAGGAAACUCAGAUCCUCGUUAUCGGCGGCGGACCUUCUGGAUCGUACGCCGCCACUCUCCUUGCUAGAGGUAGUGAUUUUAUCGCUCAGAUCCGUUUGAUUGCUCAUCUCCAUCUUCUUUUCAAUGAAGAGGGUUUCAAAGUCACACUCUUGGAACGUGAUGUGUUUCCGAGGUACCACAUCGGGGAGAGUAUGUUACCGUCAGUUUCCCAAUUUUUGAAGCUCAUCGAGGCGGAUGGGAUCGUCUCCGCUCAUGGGUUCACUCCGAAGCCUGGAGCCGCCGUCAAGUUGAAUCAGGCCAGCCGCGAAGGAUACACCGACUUUAACGCCUUGGACUCGACUACAAAGGCGUGGAACGUUAUUCGAUCAGAGUUCGAUGACAUCCUCUUCAAGAACGCCGCCACCAACGGAGCCUCCGUCCACGACGGCACGAAAGUCACCGCCAUACACUUCAUCCCGUCUGAUUCCACCACCUACGCUACGGAGCCGGGUCGUCCCAUUGCCGCUGACUAUGUCUCCAAAUCCGGAGUCUCUGGGACGGUCAAGUUCGACUAUCUAGUUGACGCUUCGGGUCGAGCCGGGGUUAUGUCGACGAAGUACUUGAAGGAGAACCGAAGGAUCAAUCAAAGCUUGAAGAAUGUGGCCGUUUGGGGCUAUUGGAAAGGCGGGGCGAAGUAUGCGCCGGGGACGAAGAGGGAGAAUGCACCGUGGUUCGAGUCACUGACUGAUCAAUCCGGCUGGAGUUGGUACAUCCCCCUUCACAACGGAACUGUUUCUGUCGGUUUCGUCAUGUCUGAGGAAUCCAGCAUCGCCAAGAAAAAGGCCCUCCGUGCUUCGAACCCCGAGUCUAAUAAACUAUUGAGAGAUCACUUCGUCGAGCAACUUCAUCACGCACCGGGUCUCCAAAAGUUAUUGAAGGAUGCGAAAUUGGUCGAUGUCGAAGCCGACGAUGGAGGCGUGAAGUCUGCCAGUGACUAUAGUUACUCGGCCAAGGUGUACGGCGGAGAUCAUUUCAGGCUCGUUGGGGAUGCUGGAGCUUUUAUCGACCCCUUCUUCUCCUCUGGCGUUCACCUCGCGUUCACCUCGGCGCUCUCCGCUGCCUGCACCAUCGCUGCCUCCAUACGUUCUCAGGCGCCCGAGCAUCUCUCCCUCCAGUUCCACAACGAGAAGUUCGGAACUGCGUACACGAGGUUCCUAUUCGUCGUCCUAAGCGCCUACAAGCAGGUCAGGGCGCAGCAGGAGGCAGUGUUGCAGGAUGUCGACGAGGGAGACUUCGACAGGGCGUUUGACUUGAUCCGGCCUGUGAUCCAAGGGGCUGGAGCCGUACCGAUGGAGGCCGACUCGCUCACCGAGACCGAGGUCCAGAAGACCAUCGACUUCUGCGCCAAAGUCUUCGGAGGCGGCAUGCAUCAGCCCAAUGGCGUCGCUCCGCCUCCCGCACCCAUCUCCGACGAGCCUGAGCUUCUCGCCACGGACGAAUCUCAACUUCAGACGGACGCGAACGACGAGGAGAAAAUGCUCGCGUUGAAGGACGUCACCGCGAGGAAGAAACUGCACGCGGGGAUGUACGAUAUUGCGGGGCAGUUUGGGAUCAGUGACGCGGAUGGGGCUAAGGGCAGUGGAAGUGGAGCCGGGGAGGUAUUCGUUGGGUUGAGGACUUGCUGCGAGAGGGGGAAGUUGGGACUCUUGAGGGCUACGUAAGCGGUUCGAUAUGUGCCGAGAAACUAUCUCUUCGUUCAUUUCCUAUGACUUACACUGUAUGACUAUUGUAC